CCACCCGGACGCACCACGGAAUUGGAGGCGGAUAUGAGUCUGACCUGUUUACGGUAGUAGAUGCGCAAAUGAAGAUGCCAGAUGCACAGUCGCAUCCGUUAUGUCUCCUGUUUUUUGCGUUGUUUUUCUGUCUCGGCACAGCGGCAGAGGUCUCCGUGUGGAACGUGGAGAUCAACUCGACUCAAGAUGUUGUGUUUCGGAAGACGCUGUACACCAACACCACCAUAUCCAUGAAGUUCCAGGGUGACGCAGCGUCAUGUGAUAAGAACCUGGCCUUCAACAUCAGCUGGUACCUGCGCUCCUCUGUUUGUUACAAUGAGGUCUUCAACACACCCGACAACAAAGCCAUGAACAUGUUUGGUAUGGACCACAUGUUGAAAGACGGCUGGAAUGGCUUCUACACUCAGGGCUACAUGUACUUCGACAACUGCUCCUAUCUCUUCUUACCCAAGGUGUAUUAUGCAGACUUCAACCCAUAUCAGCCCCUCACUAGCCCGAAGAGUGACCCUUCCAAUCAGAGCCUUAUUUGGCCGUACAAGCCGGAUAUCAGCGCAGUGGCCAAAGCUUGGGAGGACAGUCCAUACAUGUUCAUUGUGAAGGUACAGCCUUUGUUCCACGGGGUUGAUGAUGAAGACAUCGGGGCCGAGCAGCUCGGCUUUGCUUUCACAAUGAAAGUUGAGAUGAAGGGACCACAUGACUACUCUUCUCCAGCAGACUGGCCCCUGAUGAUGUUCUUCAUGGUCAUGUGCAUCGUGUACGUGCUGUUCGGGGCUCUCUGGCUCUUCUGGUGUGCCUGCUACUGGAGGGAUCUGCUGCGGAUCCAGUUCUGGAUCGGUGCCGUCAUCAUCCUCGGCAUGCUGGAAAAAGCUGUGUUUUACUCCGAAUAUCAGAGCAUCCGUUACAAAGGAGACUACGUUCAAGGUGCUGUGAUUUUUGCUGAGCUGCUUUCUGCUCUUAAAAGAUCUCUGGCCCGAAUCCUGGUCCUCAUUGUCAGUCUUGGCUAUGGCAUAGUCAAGCCCAGGUUAGGUACCACAGUUCACCGGCUGGCAGCUGUUGGGCUUCUCUACCUGCUCUUCUCCUCUGUGGAAGGUGUGCUAAGAGUGACAGGCGGUUUCUAUGGGACGGUCGCCCUGGUGGCUAAUCUCAGCCUCUCCCUUAUUGACUCCUGCGUCAUGUGGUGGAUUUUCAUCAGUCUGUCUCAAACCACUCGUCUCCUGAAGCUCCGCAGGAAUAUAGUGAAACUUUCUUUGUAUCAGCACUUCACCAACACCCUCAUCUUCUCCGUUGUCGCUUCCAUCAUAUUCAUCAUCUGGACCACCAAAGUCUUCAAGCUGGUAGACUGCCAGACGGGUUGGAGGGACUUGUGGGUAGACGAUGCCUUCUGGCGUCUCCUGUUCUCCACCAUUCUGCUGGUCAUCAUGGUGCUGCUGCGGCCCUCUGCUAACAACCAGAGGUUCUCCCAUUCUCCUCUGAUUGAUGAAGAUGAUGACGAGGAAGAGGCCAAGGAGCCAAUGCUGAGUGACGCUUUUGAGGGAAUGAAGAUGAGAGGAUCAAAGCCGGACUCUAAUGGCUCCCAGAAACUGUUGAGUAAAGAGGAUGAAGACUUAAAAUGGGUUGAGGAGAACAUUCCUACAACUGUUGCUGAUGUAGCUCUCCCUGCAAUGUUAGAUGAAGAAGAGGAAAUCCUGAAAACCAAGUUGGAGAGAUCUAAAAUGGAGUAGAAGUGAAUGCAGAUGAUGUGAGACUGAAAAGAAAGCAAAUUUCACUGAGGCAGCAAUGAAUGCGUUCUGAGUGAUUACCAAAAAAAAAAGAAAAAUGUGGGCAAACCCAACUGUUCUCUCCAGAUAUUUUACAUUUGAAUCUUUAUUUCACACGUGUUGUGUAACACUGUAAUGAGCUCAAAGAAGCUUGAAUAGUGUGUUUAUAUUAAAGCAAAUCUGUGCAACCCGUAGUUGGAUGGGUCGGCUUGGAGGAGGGUGACUAAUGCAAUAACGCAGCAGAACACUUGUUUCAAAGAUUUUUCUUUAAUUUCACAAACUUGGCCAAAAUCAAGUAGAAACUAGGCAAUUUUACACAAUGCCCUUGUGGAAAAUAGAAUAUUUGUCAAAAUCAUGUCUUAUUGUUUCAGACGUUCCCCACACGCUUUAAAUUCCAGAAACCUGAUGGGUCAAAUUUGUGGGACUGUGAGAACUGAUUCUAAAUCUGUUUCGAGAUGAGAUUCGAAUCUUUGUACGAAUGGAAACACGGGCUGAAAACCCCAAGUUAUUGUGCGUAAUAAGAUUAUAUUUAAACCAACAGCUUCGGACACUUGGACUCAAAGUUAUCUUCAGCGACGUGCUGUGCCAUACACUGUAAAUGUAGAAAAACAAUGCUGUUGUCAACAGGUGUUUUAUUGCGUCACAUAUCUAAUGGGUCACAUGAUGACAUGCAUCUAAUAUGCGACUGUAUGGUAUGAUUAACCAUUUAGCCAGAUAACUAAAAACAAUGCUUUUACUUAGUCAGUGAAGAUUUCCUGAGCUCAUUUCUUAUAGCUGCACCAACAAAUGAUACAUGUCUUAUUGUUAACGCACGACUAACACGUUGUUGUCUGGCUAACUGAGUAAUCCUCAGUAACUUACCGUUACUCUAUGGAAAUACGGCUGCAUCGGUGGAUAUCGAUACUUGAAGCGUAUCACAGUUGUCAGGGUAAAAACACACUACAUUUGUGUUUUGGGGGAGUCUUGAGUUCACAAGAACGCACUGUUUUCUGGGCUGGGAGAAUGUAACUUCAUACUAUCGUAAACACAGCGUCGUCAGAAGAGUUGCACCAGAUUACUUCUCUGAGAUGUCAUCUUCACACAGAUCAGUUCAAGCUACUGAAAAUAUGACUCUAAUAUUGGUGAUUUUCAAGCUUUUACUGACAAAUGAAAGACUGCUCAGUCCUCAGCGAGUGAGGGAAAAUGUAUGACCCGUAUUAAAAAAAGUAUUCCAGACCCGUUUUCACACAGUCACGAGUCUAGAAUUAAGAAUAUUUAUUAUGACAUAUUUAGCUUCUCACAUAACCGCAGUGUUUUAGGUCCACUUCAUUUUUAGCUACUGAAUUACAUAAUCUAUUGAUAAGCUUCACAGAUGUGGUAUGGGCUUAAAUUCAAAUACACAUUUCAUUGACUGAAUGUAUGUAAUUCUUUCUCAGUAGCACAGGGUACAUGCUUAAAGUUAUCAUUUCCAUUUCACUGCAAUUACAGAUUCCUUUGAGCUUAUCCCAUUCACACUAAAAGUAAUCUUGCUUUAUGUGGCAGGAUUAAAUCCCCGUCCGUGUGCAACCUACUGCAGUAUGUGUGGAUAUUCUAAAUGUAUUAGUUUUUUUUUUUGUUUUUUAAUAAGUGUUGUUGAGGAUACCUUAUUUUUAAGAGACUAAAGCCCUAUUUCUGGAUGUGAGUCUGCAAUGUAAUGUGAAGCUGAUGAUAUUGUAUGGCUUUUUGCGUAUGUCCUGCAAAUAAAAUUUAUAUUGAAACA